AUGCCUUCAAACGAAAAAUUGGAUUCUGAAAAACUUUCAGAGCAUGAGACCGAGAGAUAUCCAGAUUCCGACCGUGACAAGGAUAAAUCUCACAAGUCAAAGUCUUCUUCGAAGUGUACUACAAGUUUCCUCUCCUCUUCCUCUCCUGGACUUAAUCCAUUAUUUUCUAGCCAAAGAUCUCCCCAUGUACCUUGCAAAUUCUUCAAGGUUGGCGCUUGCACAGCAGGCUCUUCUUGUCCAUUCUCCCAUAACGUCCAAGAGCCUGGUCAGCAGAAGGACGUCUGCGCAUGGUUCGUCAAGGGAAACUGCAAGUUUGGCCACAAGUGUGCUUUAGCACAUGUUCUUCCUGGCCAAAUGGUGGCCCAAAAGAUAGUUCAAAAGCAGGGAGGUGUCAAGAAAGAUCCUCAUGCGCAUAAUGGUUCAGGAGGUGCCUCUGCUGCAGGAAAUCGCUUCCUCUCGUCCUCCAAUUUCCAUGCCAUUAAAGGCCACAAUUUCCCCAUCCGCCCCCGCCCCACCCCUCAAGAUACCGAUUUUGCUUCAUUUUCCCUCCCAGAUGAUACAGAAAAGUUGCCAGCAGCGCCUCUUCAGAGACGACCUACGCCACCGCUCGAGCCUGAGUCACCAGCAGCUGCUCAAGCUAGCGAGUUUAAGGAAGACCGCAAAAGUCCCUCCCCACCAACACUCCCUCUCAGCAUGCCGAGCACACGACGUUCAGGUCUAUCACAUCGUCCUACAGAUUCCGCGGAUCUUGGCCCCAUUGGAUCCCCGCCACGUGGCUCCCUUCCCCGCACUGGACUCGCUAAUGGAUUUUCACCCGGCACAUCGCCUGCUGCUGCUCCAGUCUCAUCCACGCUGCCUGCUCAGUCUCAGACUGUAUUCCAGUCCUAUGAUGCCAAACCCUCGAUACUGGACCCGAAACAUCGUUCCGGGCUCGCCGCAUCUCUCGGCACGUGGAAAACAGAGCUUGGUCCUGUCCCCUCGCAAGUUGUCAAUCGUGGGGAUGGAAGUCUUAAUAUGCGUGGUCUCGAUCACGAGAUUGCUGUCGAAGACGAAGACCUAGAGGAGUUCCUGCCAAGCUCCCUUAAUGACCUUUUGACCCCCGAGGAACGUUUCUCGCAGAAUGUCGCGUACGAAUUCUGUCCGCCCUGCUCAG